GUACAUACGCACAUGACGUUUCUGUUUUACGUAAUGACGUUUGUUGUAGGCUCCGCUAUGAUGGCAGCCGUAGGUUGACAUCGAUACAAUACUGAAUAUAAACUAUUUAAAAGUUAGCGGAAAACCCCCGACACAAUAACGUAGAACAAAUUAACAGUUGUCAGAUAGUACACACUUAAAACACACCUGCCCGGUUUGGGGAACGUGGCACUAUGCCCGCAGCUACUGUGGAUCACAGCCAAAGAAUAUGUGAGGUUUGGGCCAACAACCUGGAGGAGGAGCUGAAGAGGAUCCGACAUGUCAUCCGAAAAUACAACUAUAUUGCCAUGGACACAGAGUUUCCAGGUGUAGUAGCCAGACCAAUCGGAGAGUUCAGAAGCAACGCUGACUAUCAGUACCAGUUACUGCGCUGCAAUGUGGAUUUGCUCAAGAUAAUCCAGCUGGGCCUCACGUUUAUGAAUGAACAAGGGGAAUACCCUCCAGGAACAUCAACAUGGCAGUUCAACUUUAAGUUUAACCUCACAGAAGAUAUGUAUGCACAGGACUCCAUUGAGCUCCUGACCACUUCAGGCAUUCAGUUCAAGAAGCACGAGGAUGAAGGCAUCGAGACGCUGUACUUUGCAGAGCUGCUGAUGACAUCAGGAGUGGUGCUCUGUGAUGGGGUCAAGUGGCUGUCUUUUCACAGUGGCUAUGACUUUGGAUACCUGAUCAAGAUUCUGUCCAACGCUAACCUGCCUGAGGAGGAGGUGGACUUCUUUGAGAUUCUUCGCUUGUACUUUCCAGUCAUUUAUGAUGUCAAGUACCUCAUGAAGAGCUGUAAAAACCUGAAGGGCGGGCUGCAGGAAGUAGCUGAGCAACUGGAGCUGGAGAGGAUCGGACCACAGCAUCAGGCUGGCUCUGACUCUUUACUCACAGGCAUGGCUUUCUUCAAGAUGAGAGAGAUGUUCUUUGAGGAUCAUAUCGAUGAUGCAAAGUACUGUGGUCACUUGUAUGGGCUCGGCUCCGGCUCGGCCUACGUCCAGAACGGAACAGGGAACGCUUACGAAGAGGAGGCUAACAAGCAGCAGUCGUGACAUCGCUCUGAAACUCUCCCAUCCUGCGGUUCACAUGCACAAUCAGUGUGGCGCUGAAGCCAAGCUUCGCCAACCGAAUGAUAAUAAUGGAAGAACACAAAACAUACACACAUCAUUUUAGCAAGUUGUUUCUCAUAGGCACCGUAGACAACUGAGUAUGAUGGUCAAAAAAAAAAAAUCACAGCUGUCCUCACACAUGCCCCUGCUGGCUGUGUGUGUGAAUUUAGUCUUAUUCCUAUGAAGCGGUGUAGACGGUCUGGUUGGAUCAUUUAACAUGCUUGAAAAGAUGGGAUUUUAGUUUUCCUAAAAUGUUCUGUAGAAAUGUUUUGCACUUUAAAGCUCUAACCUGAUUUUAUAUGGAAAGCUGAAAAUGUUUCUGGUGUCUCUCUCCUCUUUGUUGCCUUCUCUACGUUCCCGUUUUACAUUGUGAACAUGUAAAUCUUUACUAUCACAACAGCCGCUCUCACCACGCUCAGCCUUAAAAUUAGCUGCAUUCUUAUCUUUUAAACUUUAAUUUAUUGUGCUGGUUAUCUGACAUCGAAUGGACGCCCCAUUCAACACGAAUACACCACAUGUCAGUAUGCUCGCCCUCUGUCAUUGGAUUUCUUGUACGAUAAUGAGAAAGGGAGCUCUCAGUGAGUCUGUUUACUUGCACAUGAAUAUCUCAUUGAAGUUUCUUUUUUCAUUUGUACAUAUAAAGAUAUUGUUUCUAAUGACCUGAAUAAGCUCUAAUCCCACUGUGAGAAGCCUUUAACUAGCAAGCUGGUGUAUUCUGCUUAUACGUAGAUGGGAUACUAAAACACCAUUUCCUCCUUACUAUUAGAUGCUGUUUUCCUUUUUGUAUUUAUGAUAAUGCUCAGAGUAGUCACAUUCAAGGACAUAUAUAUAUAUAUAUACAGUAAGUACUAGAUGCAUACUUAAGUUGGAGGAAUGUGGAUUAUUUGUGCAUGUAAACACCCUCAUUGACACAAGCACACACGAACACAGAUGCAUCACCUCUCUACAUGGUCGUGCGCUGGUUUCAACCAAAUUCACCAGACCUUAAAACACAAUUAAAAUGUAUUUAAAAAAUAAUGCUCGCUUGCUGCAAGACAUUCUGAGGUUAAUCAGUACUCUGUUGAGAGUAAAUUUUCAUUUUUAAUUCAUAUUAAGGUUCUGUAGUUUUAGUGUUGUAAUAAAAGAAGAAAAAACUUUUUUCUCAUUGGGGGGAAAAAAAAAACAUUGCCUUUUAACAAGCAAAAUUUUGUUCCAGUGGAGUUCAUUUCACUUGUAGUUCUGGCCUUUGAAUGACAUUUUUGUGCUGUUUUUUAAUUUAUUUGUGUUUUGAAUUGCUUUCCAGUUAAAUCAUGCUGCGUAGAACAGCCGCAUGUACUAAAACGUUUGAAUAAAUGCUGUGUUGUUGAAUAGUAUCCUGAACUUCCAUAGGUGUGUGUUGAAGUGUAGGUUCACGACUUAUUAACCUCCGUCUGUGACAAAAGCUGAUAACUGAAACACUUUUCUUUCUUUUUGCAGCACAUCUUUCACACUUUAAAGGAGUAAAAGAAGAAUAUGCAAUAUACAAGAGGAUUGUUUUUAGAUUAUUUUGUAAAUAAAGGCUUGAAAGUUUUCUACCAUAAAA